UGCAUCCCAGUGAGAGAGGAACAAUCUCGCUUCCUCCAUCUCAGGGUGAAAAUGAACGUAGGAGUCGCCCACAGCGAGGUAAAUCCAAACACGCGGGUGAUGAACAGUCGUGGAAUGUGGCUGACCUACGCGCUGGGAGUCGGCAUGCUGCACAUUGUCUUGCUCAGCAUUCCUUUCUUCAGUGUCCCUGUUGCCUGGACCUUAACAAACGUGAUUCACAACCUGGGAAUGUAUGUGUUUUUACAUGCAGUAAAGGGGACUCCUUUUGAAACACCCGAUCAGGGGAAAGCUAGGCUGCUGACACACUGGGAACAGCUGGAUUAUGGUGUACAGUUUACAUCUUCAAGGAAGUUCUUCACAAUCUCUCCUAUCAUUCUGUAUUUCCUGGCCAGUUUCUACACCAAGUAUGAUCCAACACACUUUAUCCUCAACACAACCUCCCUUCUGACCGUGCUUAUCCCCAAGCUGCCACAGCUGCACGGUGUUCGAAUCUUUGGCAUCAAUAAGUAUUGAGCAGCGGAAGGUUUGACACUGACUGCCGCUGACGUGGCUCCUGCUGUUCCUCAGGUGAAGGAAACAAGUUGCCUGCUGUACUGUGGAUCCAGUCUUACUCGGUGAGAGAUGCUUUUACAUCUGAGACACAAAUCCUACUUCCCGUGCGUUAUCUGGAUGAAAAUUGAGUUUAUAAGAACUAAAAUGCAUUGGAAACCUCCAGAAGAAAGAUUUCUGUGAAGAAGUGGGCAGGUCCAGCUCUAAAGUGUGAUCCCCACUAAGACUUUUUUAUGUCUGGCUGAUGCAAGUGACUUGUAAGGAAAAUGAGCAACAGCUGCGAUGGGGAGCAGCAUUUCACCUGAAAGGGAGAGCAGUGUUUCUCAAGUAGCCAGUCAACCAUAACGCAGCUGGUCAGGUUAGAUGUAAAUCCAGGAUCCCUGAUACCAAGGUCUGGGGAGGCUGCACUCUGGGAGUGAAAAUAGCUUCUCUCUGCUGUAUGGACUGUAGGUGGUUGUGCUUGUUAUUGUGUUGUAAAGGUCUGUCUCAGCAACAGCUACCAUAAACCAAUGGUGUAAGUCAUGCCUUAUCUGCUCUUGUGAUUAUUUUGUCACAAAGAAGAAAGUCCUUCGGUGCCAGCUCAGGGGAUUGCUACAUCCACUUGAUGGCUCGGUCCAUGUACACUUGACACACCACUGCUGUUGGGUCGGUUUCGUUUUGCUCACCAGGAGACUGACUUUUCUAUCUGUAAAUGGGACAGCCUGGAAAUCUGAAAUUUUUCUUCAAGUGUGGAUUUUUGGCUGUUUUUUCUAGUACUUGACUGCUGGCUUACUCUUCAUUGAUUGAGAGGCCUGCAAUGGUGGGGGAAAUGGUUGCUGCUGUGUAGAAGCCGCACUGUCAGAAGACACAGAGAAGCUCUCUGUAGGCUGUAUCUUAGGGUAGGAGCCAAGGUGAGCAGGCAGAUCACAGGGUCUAACUUUGUUUUUACAGAUAAAGGCAAAGAUCAUUUGCAUGUCUUGGAAAGGUGAAGGAAUGCUGUAGUUUCACGGCACUGUGUAGUGCAGAGUAACCUUGCAGGUAAUCAGUUCUGGAACUAGGCUGAUGCAGGUACGUUUAGAGCUCUGAGCACUUCAUUCUCUGUCUUGAAAAAAGGAUUCAUUUUGAAGUCUGCCAUAUGUCUGCUAUCCAAAACCAGCUCGGAUUUAACAGAAGACUUCCAUGUAAGACUUAACCUACGUUUUGGAUGCAGUGGCAGCCAGUGUACC